AAUAAAUAACGGGACCGGCUACAGCUGAUUGGACACCUGACUCUAACUGACAGUGACAUCUGACGGAUACGUUCCGUAUCACGCAAACCUGUAAUUUAAUGUUGCUAGCAUCGAGUGCGAUAGGUUAUUUUAUCGAUUGUUGUAAUUAUAUCGAUUAUCGAUAUGCCACCGAUAACUAGUGGUUGCGCAGGCUGCAAACUACCUUUUCCGAAGAGAAACGAGUACCUGGCAUGUUCAUUAUGCAAGUUAAAGUACGACCUGACCUGUGCCAGCGUAGACUCCACCACCUUUUCAUCAAUGAACACCCAGCAAAAAAGCAAAUGGAUAUGCCCAGAGUGCUGCUGCAAGCAGCCUAAAACAGGUAAUACGAACACACCUGUACGCCAAGCAGCGGCGGGCUUAGCCGUGGUUCCCGCGGCUGGAAAUCCUGACAGUUCAAAUGUAGACGCAAACCCCAAACAGAAAAAGCAAACGAUGGAACCAGCUUCUUCGCCUACACCUGCGAGAUGGGAAGGAAAGGAAGAAAUGAGUUCUGCACUGAAGGCCACUAUUCAGAGGCUCGUAGCAGAUAAGUUGCAGAGUAUAAAUGAAGAGCUUGCAAGUUUUCGGAAUUCCAUGAACUUUUACGACGAGAAAUAUGAAUCAAUGAAAAAGACAGCUGAAGAACAACGUGUAACUAUCGCAGAACUCACCAAUGAAAACCAACAGCUGAGGACGUCAGUUUCGGACUUACAGGCAAGGGUAAAUAUAGUAGAAGUGCACAUGCGAGAGUGUAACAUUGAGAUUAACGGUGUCCCAGAAAAUAGGGCGGAAAAUUUAAUCAAUACAGUGGUGGUACAACUAUCAACAGUUAUUAAGAGUCCUGUCACUACCGAUGAUAUCCAAACUGUUACACGAGUUGCCAAGCUUUCUGAAGACAAUGAUAGGCCUAGAGCAAUAAUAGCUAAGUUUCGAACACCCCGUCUGCGUGAUACGAUAUUAGCCGCAGUCUCUAAAUUUAAUAAAGAUAAUGUCAAAGACAGAUUGUCCUCCCAGCAUCUUGGAAUUGGUGGUCAUCGAUUUCCGGUAUUUGUGGCUGAGCACCUGACGCCGGCUGCCAAGAAACUUCACGCAGCAACCAGGAUGAAAGCCAGGGAACUUAGCUACAAGUACGUCUGGGUCAGAAACGGACGCAUCUAUGCCCGGAAGGAUGAUUAA